GAGGCUUUUAGGGGCGGGGCGUAUCUAGGGGGAUGCAUGUGAGCGAAGAUUCUUCAGGUGCGGUGGAUUAUUGAGAGCGCGGGUUUGGCAGCCAGUUCCAGCGCCAUGGCGUCCAGCCACAAGAGGACAACGCAGACUGGUCCCCAGCGGAGAAGAAGCGGACUGAAGCACGAAUUGUCUGAGGAGCAAAAGCAGGAGGUCAGGGAAGCCUUCGACUUGUUUGAUACGGAUGGAACUGGCAGCAUUGAUGUUAAGGAACUGAAGGUUGCAAUGCGUGCUCUUGGCUUUGAGGCAAAGAAAGAGGAAGUUAGAAAGAUGAUAGCAGAUAUUGGAAAAGAAGGAUCUAGUGUCAUACAGUUUGAAGAUUUUUUGACUAUGAUGACCCAAAAAAUGAGUGAAAAAGACAACCAGGAAGAAAUCCUGAAAGCUUUCCGAUUAUUUGAUGAAGAUGGCACAGGCAAGAUUUCCUUUAAAAAUCUCAAGCGAGUUUGCAAGGAGCUUGGAGAAACUUUAACAGAUGAAGAAUUACAGGAAAUGAUAGAAGAAGCUGAUCGAGAUGGAGAUGGAGAAAUAAAUGAGCAAGAAUUCUUGAGAAUCAUGAAAAAGACCAGUUUAUAUUAAUGACCCUGUAACCUUUAAAAUGACUUGUAAAGACUUGACAAAUAUUUCAGCUUUCCUCCUGUUUUAUGAUAUAUGGAAGAGAACACCAAGUUCUGGGGGUGGGAAAUCCUUUUGAAAAGGAGAAUGUCAAAAUUGUUUGUUAAACAAGCGUUGUCUGUUAAACAACUGGAUUUAGUGAAGUGAAACAGUUCAAGAUGAGAGAAAUCUGUUUCUCUUCUGAUCAGUCAAAGUGGUUAUUCAUAUUGCCAUCUCUGUGAACAGAAUAUACACACCCUCUUUUCUUGAACUUUUGAGAGAACUGGCAGUGAAUUACUGCUCCAUUAAGAGCAUUUGUUAAAAAUACAAUAGAAGUGGUCCUAUUGCUCUUUGAAUAAUAAGCAGUUUACAUCAAUGUAUGUUUGGCAUGUGCAAUUAAAUACAGAUCUGCUCUUUCUUUCUGUUAA